AUGUGCGCAAAGCAGCGCCUGCUGGAGCCCCAACCAUGCAGGGAGCCUGUGGAAGAUGCUACUCCCACCGUGGCCCCAUCACCUUCCCCCGCUCCUCCGACAGGAGGCCCUCCACCUCUGGCCUCCCCGCUGCCAGCAGGACCUCAAGAAGACAAAUCUAACUUAAAGAAAGUCCCACGGGACACGGUCAGAAAGAGCUUACUCCCACGUAAUUCCUAUUUGGCAUCUCUCAUUCCAACCAUCUCAGGCCUUGGCCAUGCAAGCUACCCCAUUUUAUCCUUUUCCUGGUGGUGGGAAAGUACCAAGUCCUUGUUCUUGCCUAGCUCAUUACAGCACAAGCGCCAGCAAGAACUCGUGUCCUGCCAUGCACCAGAGGCCUCGUUCUGGGGUGGCCUUACGAAGCAGAUAGAGACUCUUAACCCCUCAUUUGUCAAUCCGGAUGUCCAGAAGCUGCUUGAGAUACUAAUCACCAAAAGGGUAGAACUGAAGAUUUGGAAGGAGAAGGAAAAGGGUGGGUCAGUUGUCAAACAGUGGUGCCCAGAUGACCACGUGAGCUCUUUGGGGACUAUGUGGAAGUUGCUGGGUGCUAAGCAGACCACCACCACCCCGCAAUCCUUCUGGAACAUGAACAACAAAGCAGAGCAGCUGGCUGGUCCUCAGCCAUUCUCAUCCCCCAAGGUCUUGGAAGACAGCUUGAAGCAGAAAUGCAGCCAGCUCUUCUGGGGUCUACCCUCUCUGCACAGUGAGUCCCUGGUGGCCACUGCCUUGAUCUCUAGUCACUCUUCUUCACUACAGAUCCCUUCUGUUUUGUUCAACAGGAUCUCUAAUAGCUUGCCAGUUCUAAUCCAUGAUCAAAUAUCUUCACGGUUUUCCCACGCCCCUCCCUUGUUCUGCAGUGGAAUGCAACCCCAAUCCUCGACACUAAACUUGCCCCAGCCCCAGGCCCACCUUGCACCCUCUGUCCCAAUCAGACCACCUUCUCUCCCAUCCCAGAGGAGGACCUGUGGGGUACCUUGCCCUACAUCCCAGAAGAAGACAGGAUUCUUCAUCCCAAAAGAAAUUCAACAACUGGAAUGGCCCUUGUUGUCAAAGCAACAAGAAAGGGGGAAGACUUUACCUGCUAAGAUGAAAAGAUCUCCGAAAUUCUUUAGCCAAGACCCUCCCCAGCUUGUGGAGGACAACCAGGCCUUCCAGGCCGACAGGUCAGUUUCCACCUUUCAGGGGGACUUUAUCGUCUUUAAUCUCCGGAAGCAACAACUUCAAAGGAGGCUCAACAGGUAUAAACAGCAAGGCAACCUGCCCCACAGGAUUCAACUGUCUCUGGAACUGAUGUGGCCUCAGGAUGAAUUUCCAGGGGUGAAUCAUGAACAGGGAAAGCAGGGGCUUUCAAGGCUCUUUAUGUCUAAAGGCAAAAGCAGCCAGGCUACACGGAGGACCAGGUCCAGGUACUCUAGAAAUUCCCAUAGGAAGGGUCAAGCAAGAUCCCAACUAGAGAAGAACUUCGGUAAGGGUCUACGGCAAUGUCUAAAGAGGACCCCAACAGAUCUCUCCAGGGUCUCAGCCAGGUAUCCAGUGAAGUUUCUAGGAACCAACUCUGAGAAGGAGUUACAAAGACCCUCGAUAAGGACCUUGAAGAGUGACCCAGGAAAAUACUUAGCCAGGGUCCCAAGUAAGAAACAUCUAGAAAAAAUCUUAAAGGUUCAUUUGCACAGGAAAUUGGGACAGAUGAAAGAGGGUUUGAUCCCUGUGAGUGUGCGUCGAUCCUGGCUUAUGGCCAACCAUGAUUUGCCCAAGUCCCACCCUCACAUGGAAAUCAGAAAUCUAGCAUCCUCGAAGGAUCAGAAACCCAGCGUAAACACCUCCUGUAAGCUGUCCUUCCUUAGUCCUUACACUCAACAGAAGCUGGAAACACAUAUCAUAAGAUUUCGGGUGAAGCGUAGGUGGGACCUCCCUCUCCAAGGCUCUGAGCCCACAGAUCUCAAGCUAUGUGAAACUCAACGCUUGUGCCUUUCCCAGUCCCCCUUUCCCUGCUCAGCCACCUUUGUAUCUGGGGCCCACUCGAAAGCCAAGUUCUACAAGUUCUUAGGAAAACCUCAGCCCCACCCAGGAGGGAAGGGGAUAACAGAAGAGUCCAUUCCCACCUCAGGGAGUCCCCUGCCUGUUCCCUCACCCACACGUGAGGAAAUCCAGCAGGCCCUGGGAGGCCAUAAGUCCUCGGAGACCCCUUUAUCAGGACAGGAAGGCAGAUCACCUUAUCGGACCUCAACACUCAGCCUAAUAAACAGAACCCCACAGAGCAAGACUGUUAUGGGGGCCAAGAAAGACAACCUGUUACCAAGUCAAAGUUUAGUAAUGGCCAGGAAUGAGCUAAAGGAGGAGAGUGGGGGUCGGGCCUCACCAGACAAGGUAGCAAUACUGGAAAUGAAGUUCAAGUCCCAACCUCCAAGGGCUAAAGUGGCCAUGGAGGCGAUGGAGGCUGAGAAGGCCCCUGCUUGGGAAGUCAUCUUAAGACCCAGUGUUCUGGCAAACAACCAAACCAUUUAUGCGGAUCUGAGAUCAGGAUCUCCAAGCACUCGUAAAAGCCCCUCACCACCUACAGAGUUGCUUGCCCAAGAUCCAAAGAAGCCAAGCCUUAAAACAAAGGUUAGUAAGUUUGAGCUCCAAGAGAAGGCAGAGUCAGAGAACCAGCCUCAAGGCCAUACCACUGGUGUGCUGCUUCAAGAUUCUCCCAGGGACAUCCUCCUUCCAGACUUUGCCCCUGGCAUGUUUGUCCAAGACCGUGACACCAAUGUGAUCCUGCAAGACACUCAAACUAAUGCUCUCCUUGCUGCAGACAUCCUCACCACUUACAAGUCACCCUUCUGUUCCCAGAGGGAACAUGCCAGUGGAGAUACACCAGCUUCAACGGUGCCACAUGACCUUAGAUCAAGUGGACCGAGCAGUGAGGGGCAGCGGGAGCCCAGCGUACCAAAAGUUGAGGAGCCAUGUGAGAGCCAGAACAAGAGUGACUCCCCUGAUGAGACAGAGGACCAGAAGAGUCCCAAACCAGAAAAGCAUGAAAAAGGGUUUGCAGAACCGUCAAGAAUCAAGGCUUUCCAAGCUAGUGGGACAGGCCACCCUCCCCAGGUCAGAGGAAGAGGAGAGCCAGCCACACAGAUUUUUCCAGAAAGCCACUUUAGAAAAAGGAUGAGGAACUUCCUAGAGUGCCUUACUCUCAAUAAAAAAGGCAAAGGACUGGAAGAUCCCCUUCAAAACUGCAAGUCUGUCUCAGCCCCUGCCCAGAGCCAGGUACCAGUCAGGAGCAGAUCGGUUACAGACAGCAGGGCUGUUGAAGGUCAGACGAUAGUGACAGCUGUGGGACGAGUCCUGGUGGAGAAAUUGGGACUUCAGCAAGGAAUUCGUGCCUCAGGGAUAAAUCAGCACAAAGAAUUCCAGGCCCCAGUACGUGGGCAUUCCUGCCACCACAGGGUUCUCUCUUCCCCAGACCAGAGGAGAGUGAUAAGAGAGACAGCCUCCAAUCAGCAAGCCACCCCCAAGGGUCACAGCUACCCUAACAAGAGCGAGCAGACCAGAGACAGGGACAGCAGGUGGGAAGGCCUACCCAGGGAGCUGGGGUCCCUAGGCAGACCCAGCCAGCACAGGCCCACAGUGGCAGGUGCCUCAGGCCAUGCUCACCAUUAUCCAACAUGCAGUCUUCGAAAAUGUGUCCCAUCCCAUCAGGCACAGUGUGCUUCUCACACCUUUCCUGGUAGGAAAGUUUUCCUUCAAGAAAAAAUUGAGUAUAGACAAAGAAAGCCUACUGUUCCUCACACUAGCACAUCCUCUGUGUGCUAAUGGCUUCUUCCUACCACAACUGUUAU